AUGUUACAUCAAGUGGAGGAUGGAGUGCAAGUAGAUACGGUUGAAGUGGAGGAUGCAGUUCAUGUGGAGGUUCAAGUGAAUCCAGUUCAAGUGGAUUAUGCAUUGCAAGUGGAUAAUGCAGUGCAAAUGGAAGAUGCAGUGCCUGAGGAAGAUGCAAUUCAAGUGGAUGUUGCAGUUCCUGCUCAACCUAUUGCAACUGGGAAGAGGAUAAGGAAGUACGCAGAAGGAAUUACUAAGAAAGGGUUGAGGAGGACGGUCUUGAAGAAUGAAGAAAUCACUGAUCACCACCCAAUGCAUUGGAAUGAUUAUAAGUUUUAA